CUUGGAUUAUCUUUUCCUAAACUUACUAACCAUAUUACACAGCCAGGCCCAUACUUUCAUAAAUUAUGUUUUAUCCUGAAAUUUCUGGGACUAAACUACUGAUUCUUCCUUGCAAUGUUUUUACUUGUUAGGCAAAGAUUAGUUCUUUAUUUUGUUUUUAAUUAGACCUUUUUGCAAGUGCUUGAUUAAGUGCAAACUAGAAUUCCUAACAUUGUUGGGUAAGAACAAGAUUUUUUUUUCUUUAUAGUGAUGUAAUGAGUGAUAAGUAGUUAAUUGGGUGUCUAAUUUUCUAUGUGAAAGAGUUGAAUCUUUCUUUCUAACUAGUAGCUUUCCUGCAGAUGGUCCAAAUCACUAGAAAUUUAACAUUUCUCAUUUUCGUAUAUAGUUAAGUAAAAGACGACAAGGAUACCUAUUCCCCACCCCAACUUGUUCCAGGUUAUAUAUUGCCCUGCUCCACUCAUUUAGUGAAGCAAAGAAGGAAAAUUUCAAAGCAAAAUGAAAAUGGAGGAAGUAAAAGAAAAGAAAGAGAUUGAAAAGGAAGAAAUGGAAGAUAGACAAGAAGAAGCAGAAGGAAUAGGGAGAGGGCAACCAUGGACAAAGCAAAUAACAGUUAGAGGAGUACUAGUUAGUGUAGUGAUUGGAGGCCUGUAUAGUGUUAUAGCUAUGAAGCUAAACCUUACAACAGGAUUGGUUCCUAAUCUAAAUGUGUCCGCAGCUCUUCUUGCUUUUGUGUUUAUUAGAACAUGGACAAAGAUUCUUCAUAAGGCAGGAUUUGUAUCAAAACCCUUUACCCGCCAAGAAAAUACUAUGAUUCAAACUUGUGCAGUAGCAUGUUAUAGUAUAUCAGUUGGAGGUGGGUUUGCUUCUUAUCUUUUGGGAUUAAACAGGAAGACAUAUGAAUUAUCAGGAAUACACACUCCAGGGAAUUCUGCAAAUGCUAUAAAAGAACCUGGAUUUGGUUGGAUGACUGGCUUUCUUUUUCUUGUUUGCUUUGUUGGACUUUUUGUUUUAAUUCCACUUAGAAAGAUCAUGAUUGUAGACCUCAACUUGACUUAUCCAAGUGGAUUGGCAACUGCAGUUCUCAUCAAUGGUUUCCAUACCAGAGGAGACAAGAUGGCUAAGAAACAAGUUCGUGGGUUCACAAAGUAUUUCUCAAUCAGCUUCUUGUGGGCAUUUUUCAAAUGGUUUUAUACUGGUAAAGAGGCAUGUGGCUUUUCACAAUUCCCAACUUUUGGGUUGGAAGCCUGGAAGCAAACGUUUUUCUUUGAUUUUAGCGCCACUUUUGUGGGAGCAGGGAUGAUUGUUUCUCAUUUGGUGAACUUUUCUUUGCUUAUUGGGGCUAUCCUCUCAUAUGGUAUUAUGUGGCCACUAAUUAAUAAGCUUAAAGGAGAAUGGUUCCCUGUAAAUUUAGAAGAUGAAGCUGACAUGAAAGGAUUGUAUGGUUACAAGGUUUUUAUAUCUGUUGCUCUAAUCCUAGGAGAUGGGAUCUACAAUUUUGUUAAGAUUAUGGGUUUUACAAUCAUCAAUAUCCAUGGCAGAAUAAAGACCAAGAAUCUCAAUAUAGAGACUCCGGAAGGGCAGCAGAAAUCACUUGAUUUAAAACAAAAUGAACUCUUCCUGAGAGAGAAAAUACCCAUGUGGGUCGGAGUGAGUGGAUAUGUCUUCUUCUCCAUUAUAUCAAUAAUUACAGUCCCAAUCAUAUUCCCUCAGCUCAAAUGGUACUAUGUUAUUGUUGCUUACAUUUUAGCUCCAUCUCUGGCAUUUUGCAAUGCUUAUGGAGCUGGUCUUACCGACAUAAACAUGGCUUAUAAUUAUGGGAAAGUAGCUCUAUUUGUACUGGCUGCAUUGUCCGGGAAGGAAAACGGAGUCGUAGCAGCACUUGCUGGUUGUGGUAUUAUUAAAUCUGUAGUUUCUGUUGCCUGCAUUUUAAUGCAGGAUUUCAAAACAGCCCAUCUGACUUGCACUUCUCCGAAAGCCAUGUUCUUGAGUCAGGUUAUCGGUACAGCAGUAGGCUGUGUGAUGGCUCCUCUUAGCUUUUUCCUGUUCUACAAGGCAUUUGAUGUUGGAAAUCCAAAGGGAGAGUUUAAAGCUCCUUAUGCAUUAAUAUACAGAAACAUGGCAAUUCUUGGUGUUCAAGGAGUAUCAGCUUUGCCCCAACAUUGCUUGCAGUUAUGUUAUGGCUUUGUUGGUUUUGCAGUAGCAGCUAACCUUGCGAGAGACCUUUCGCCAAGGAAGCUCGGGCCAUGGAUGCCACUUCCGAUGGUUAUGGCGGUGCCAUUUCUUGUAGGAGCUUACUUCGCCAUUGAUAUGUUUGUGGGAAGUAUAAUUGUUUUCACUUGGAAUAAAAUUAACCCCAAGAAGGCAGAGCUGAUGAUACCAGCAGUUGCUUCAGGAUUAAUCUGCGGGGAAGGGCUCUGGACACUUCCUGCUGCUGUUCUUGCUUUGGCUAAAAUAAGCCCACCAAUCUGUAUGAAAUUUGUAUCUUCCUAAACAAACCUCAUCAAAAUAAAGAGAAAUUACAGAAGGAAUCUUUUUCUUUCUUUUUC